AUUAAAAUUAUUAAAAUUAAAAGUAAUUAUUAAAAUAUGUCCACAGUCAUGUUCCAACUAGAAUACAGACAGUCCGCCCCACACAGAAUGGACGAGAGAAGAGUCUUUAACACCAUUUACAGAAGAGAGAGAAAGAGUGAGAAAUCAAGAAUUAGAGAGAGAAUGGAAUCAAAGAACAGCAAAAACAAAGAGAGAUGGGGAAUGGAAUUCCUUCUUGUUUUCUUCCCAGAUUACGACGAACAACAACAACCCAUUUCCAUGAAUCCAAAAACACAAACUUCAAACUUAUCAUCUUCGCCGGCGACGUCGCCGGCGCCGCCUCGUCUCCGGCGACCCAAUUCGAGUAAUCUUCUGAACAAAGCUCAAUCAACCAUCUACAUAUGUGCCCUUUUAGUCUUCCUAUCUCUCCUCCUCUUCACUCUCUCCACAUUCGACCCUCCUUCUCACACUUCUUCCGGCGCCGCCGGCGCCGGUUCAUCCCGCCGCCGUCUAUACUCAUCAAAUCUUCAAAUUCCGAGUAAAUCGACUUCAUUUCGUGUUUUUCCUUUCAGUUUAUGGAAACCCAAUCCGAAAUUGAACACCAAAUCCAACAAUUCACUCCAUGCCCUACAAGGAAUGGGUAAAUUGUAUCGAAGAGGUACCAGGGCCAUGACUGAUUUACUCGUGGCUCAUAUAACCGAGUCGGUUACACUUCAAGACCUUCGAUUGUUCUUGAGAACUUUACAUAGGUCUGGUUUAACUUCGAAGGCCGACAUUGUUCUCUUAUUUCCUUCUUCAAUUUCUUCACUCGAGAGAGUAGUCAUGGAAGAGAAUGAAUCGUUUUCUAAACUCGUAACUCGACCCAAAUCGAACUCAUCUUCUGGUCUUGAUCGAACCCAGUUCAUGAAAUCGGUUAAGAAAGGGAAGGAAUGGGGAGAGACAAUCUGGGGUAAAAGAAGAAUUCGAAGCAAUUACAGUGGGGAAGGUGAAAACGAGUCAACUCGUUUGAGUUACGGCUCUGUAGUGAGUUUCACCGCCGACGAACUCGACCCGGAAAAUUCCCUCGCUGGCUUUCUCGAUCAUGUUCCAAUGAAUCUUAGAAGAUGGGCAACUUAUCCAAUGCUUCUUGGCAGAUUAAGAAGGAAAUUCAAACACACGGCAUUAAUCGAUGUAAUGGAAAUUUUAUCAAUCGGCGAUUCAAUAAACCGAGUCAGAACUCAGUCCCCUGAAUCAGUCAUAAUAUUCACCGAAUCAGAAACAACAAGCAGCAAUAAGCAUGGUAGAAAAAACUCGGCCAAAACUCAACCAAAAUUCAUCCCGGGGUUGAUUGUCGGUGGUGAACGCGGCGUCCGGCGAUUGUCGGCGGCGAUGUUGACGGAAAUCGUUCGAGUUACAGGCGGGUCAAGGAAGAAGAAGAACUCGGUGACGGAAACGGGUGUGUUUGAUCAAUUUGUCCGUAACGAACAUCUAAUGAAGAGUACGGACGUGGUGAGCCAGACUGAGUCGAUUGCGGCUGCGAGUUCACUCGGCUCGAACUCGGCUUUGCCAUUGAUACGUGGAAAUAAGAACAGUGAGAUGACGUCAGCCCUUUUGAAGCAAAUCUGUGAACAAGAAUCGGAUCCUACCGUUUAUAGUGAGUGUUAGCAGCAAAACAAUUAAUAAAAAUAUUUUUCUUUUCAUAGGAAAAAACAUAUAUACAUAGUAGUUAUAUAUUUGUGUAAUUUAUUAAGUUCUUAGUUUUUUUACAUUUUUUUUAUUAAUAUAUAUAUUUGUUGGAUUU